AGUUCAUCCUCUCAUCAUUAUAAAAUAAUAUUAUGUUUCUACUUGAUAUAAACCCGAAAGUCAGCAUCAAAGUGUCUUAUUAAAGUAUUCAUUUGCAAGAUGAAUAAUAAAAAUCCGUUGUUGGAUAUAUAAUCAAAAUAUUCAUUAGCAAGUUGAAUAAUAAAAAUCAGUUGUUGGAUAUAUAAGGAUACAUUACACAGAUGGAUUAACCCAUGACCCUACAUGAUACAAAAUGUUAAUGAAUAUCACUGAAGUUUUGCCUCAGACCUCGGAAAACACAUCCGAAGAUGCCAAAGAGGUGAAGGACAACUCGAAUCCUUUGUCGUAUGCGGGUGUUAUUAUUAUACCAGUGAUUCUUAUUGCUGUGAUCGGAAAUGCACUAACAAUUUGUAGCUUUAUACGAGAUAAAGGAUUACACAAAACAUGCAAUGUGUACAUUUUAAAUCUAGCGAUAGCCGACUUUUUGAUUGGGGCUAUUACUAUGCCAAUAUAUUUAACAUAUACAUUCGGAAAUAACGUCUGGAUAUUCGGAUACCACUUUUGUAAAGUGUUUCUAUUAUUUGAUAUGGCAACAGUAGAGGUCACGGCCAUUUUAAUGAUUUUGAUAAGCUACGACCGCCUGUCAUUGCUCAGACAUUGGUCAACUUAUUACAAAACGCAUUCGCCUCAAAAGGCAUAUCUAAAAUGUGCUCUAGCAUGGAUUUUUGUUUUUGUUUUAAAUGGUCCUGCAACAAUAGGAUGGGAUAUAUGGACCGGAAAUUCUACAGAUCCAAACGACUGCGAAGCACAGUUUUACGAUAACGUUGCAUACAUAUCAAUUAUGACAACUGUACAAUUUGUGAUACCCCUAACGGCUCUUAUAAUUAUUCACAUAUUUAUAGUUUAUGAAAUAAGAAAACUAAUACAAACUAGGGAACAACUUAUCUCGACACAUUCCGGUAGUAUAGGAUCUUCAGAUUCUGUUGUGUGUUUGGAAUUAAAAACUGAUAGUUGUAAGACAAAUUUACACAGAAGAUCGACUGAUAUACACAAAGAAAAUACUAAAAAAAGGAAUGGAACAAAAGCUGCAAAGUCGCUUGCGAUAUUAACAAUAGCAUUUAUAGUUUUAUGGGCCCCUUAUGGCAUUAUAAUUGUGUUUCAGUCUAUUUGUCCUACAUGUAUAUGCGUUAUAUUGAUUGAAUCAUGUACAUGGGUACUAUGGUUUAAAUCUGCACUUAAUCCAUUUCUUUAUGCCUAUAACAGCAACCGCUUCAGAGAAAAUUUCAAAUACUUUCUUUGUUGUCGACGACGUCCUGGCUACAGAGCUAAUUAUUCAUUCAACAGUUAAUUGCAGAUUACAUUGUAUUUUUAUAUAGAUUUUAAAAAUCAUAUACAGUCUUGAAUAAAAUAUUUUGCGAAGAUA